AUGGACGGUACCGAGGAGGAUCCCACGAAAAUAGUUCACUUCUCCUUCGGUGACGGUUGCCCCGGAGGCGGGAUCACCAAAGUCGAUCAGGUCGUGAAGACCAACGGGAAAGGUGGUGUUGUUUUGUACUUGAUGGUCGAUGACCUGGAAGGGGCGAUGAAGAAAAUCGUCGAUGCAGGAGGUAAAAAAGUGACCGAGGUCGAACCUGAAGGGAAGUUUGCCUUGACACAAAAUUUCGAGGAUACCGAAGGGAAUUAUUUUGGAUUGUAUCAGAUCAAGUAG